AUGGUUUCCCAACAAGCUGAACUCAGACGUAAGCUCGUCAUUGUCGGUGAUGGUGCCUGUGGUAAGACGUGUUUGCUGAUUGUAUUCUCUAAGGGCACUUUCCCCGAGGUGUACGUUCCUACUGUGUUCGAGAACUAUGUUUCCGACGUCGAGGUUGACGGAAGACGGGUCGAGCUGGCUCUGUGGGAUACCGCUGGCCAAGAAGACUAUGACCGUCUUCGACCUCUGUCUUACCCCGAUUCCAACGUGAUUCUCAUCUGUUUUGCCAUUGACUCGCCCGACUCUCUUGACAACGUCCAAGAGAAGUGGAUCGCCGAGGUGUUGCACUUCUGCCAGGGAAUCCCUAUUAUUCUCGUCGGAUGUAAGGUCGACCUGCGUGACGACCCUCGUACCAUCGAGGAGCUUAGCCGUUCGUCGCAACGUCCUGUGGCCUCUUCCGAGGGUCAGGCCGUCGCUGAUAAGAUCGGAGCCAUCAAGUACCUCGAGUGCUCGGCCAAGAACCAGACCGGUGUCCGCGAGGUGUUCGAGCACGCCACCCGAGCCGCCCUCAUGGUCAAGGACAAGGCCCAACGUAAGAAGAAGUGUAUUGUAUUGUAA